AUUCAUCAGCACUUCCCCGCACCUUCGCGCUCUACGCCCUUCCUUUCAUAUUUCGCGUGGUACGAAACUUCCCCAAAUCGUCGCCCACGCAUGUGACCCCCCGCCCGCCCGCACUCGUUCCCCGUUAGGCGUCAACAGACCAGGCAACCGAGCAGCUCGAUUUGCCAUUCCACUUGGGCACGGUGCUGUGCUGAUCGCCAUUGUACCCCUCGCGUACUUCUUCUUCUCAUAUCUG